AUGUCUCAACCUAUCGCUCAAGAGCAGAGCAAUCUCAAGGUUGCUUACCUCGAAACAAUCGACUUUGCCAAAUUGCUCGCCCACGAGGAGCACGAAGUUGCCAAGUUGAUGUCCGCUUGUACAACGGCCGGCUUCUUCUACGUCAACCUUCAGGGCCAGAGUAGCCGUGGCCUCCUCGAAGAUGAGGAUAGUAUGUACAAGGCCAUGGAAGAAUUCUUCGAUCAGCCGCUCGACACAAAAAUGCAGGAUGAUCGUGGAACUCACAAGCAUGGUUACAAGCCUGCUGGUGUAUUUGCCGGAGUAAAAGCCCACACAAGAGAUAACUACGAGACUCUCAAGGUCGCGCGCGACGAGAUCGGCGCAAAGUCCCCAGUCCUACCCUCCACCGUGAAGAAGCACCCGCGCCUUUUCGAUGACUUCAUCUCAAAGUCACACCUGGUCAACAUGACCAUAAUGCACUCUUUAUCGAAUGCCCUCGGUGCCGACCCCGCCAAACGUCUUGAGCAACGCCACCGCGACGAAGCCGACUCAAACACGACUCUCGUCCUCCUCCGUUACCCCAAGAACCUGUCCUCUACCUGCGUUGGCCACAAUCAACACACAGACAUUGGCUCUCUCACCCUCCUGUUCAGCAAACAGUGGGGACUUCAGCUUGUGAGCCCCGAGACGGAAGAAUGGGAGUGGGUAGCGCCGCGCCCGGGACACGCCAUCAUCAACGUGGGCGAUUCGCUGCGCUUCUUGACCGAUAAGAGGCUGGCGUCUUGCAUGCAUCGUGUCGUUCCGACUCCCGAGACAGCGACACAGAAUCGCUACUCGAUUGCGUACUUUCUGCGCCCGGAGAACGAUAUCGAAUAUAAAGAUCCGGAGGGCAAGCCCAUCUCAGCGAAGGAGUGGCACGAUAACAAGUACAAAACGUUUGCAGACUCGCAUGAGAAACAGGCUAUGAACAGCAUUCUUUUGGGUGGGAUGGAUCGUCUUGCGAGAACGGGUAUUACCGUUUAG